AUGAAACACCACAUUGUACUAGUGCUUGCGUUACAGCUACUUCACACCUCAAGUGGUGGACUGUUAGACUGGUUUCGUGGAACGGACGAACAACAAGAAGGCCACAAGGUGGGGCAAGUGUUCGUGGAAGUCCUCACACCGAAGGGCGUCCGGCUGUGGACGCACUACAACCCGGACACGGUGAAGUUCAGCGUGGAGUUGUACGUGAAGUUUUACGGAGGCCAAACGGAGCCCCUCGAGUGCGGUUUGUGCAACAGCACCACCGAGCCGAUCGAUGGGAAGUUUAUGCUAGAAAACCCCGAUCUGGUAGCUCGCUUCGGUGACGUUCUAGAGUACAUCGUAACCACAUCCAACGGGACCACAACCAGACGACAUCCCAUCAGACGAGUGUUUGUUCGAGAGGAACUGAUAAAACCCAUCGGUCGAUGUGUCUGCCGGGACCGGGCACCGUCGGCCCUUACGGAAGCCCAAGGAAGAGCCCUGUCCGAGGUGCAGCUGCUCGAGCGGAUGAUCCUGCGUGCGCUAUCGAAUCGAAGUGAAGCCUGCGGCGCCAUGUCUAAUUGGCUCGUGCUGCGAUCGGAACCCCGGAACGAGCGGGCCGAUUUGAAGGAGUACGUCCAGCAAUAUUUGGAUCUGCUGAACCUGCGAUCGAAGAGGACUUCACCGGGCUUUGGCGGCGGGUGGAGCCCGUCGAGUAUGGUAGUGAAGGUGGAAGACCACGCGGACGGGAUUGCGUUUCAAGUGAGGUCGGUCAUGGAGAAGCUGAAGAUUCUGGAGCUCCUAAAUAUCGGCGGAGUGUUGGCAGAUUUUGAUGGAAUUUUGUGA